UGACUGCGUAUUUGUUUAGUUUUGGUGCGAAUACUUUUUGGUUUAAUAUUUAAUUGUGUGCAAUAAGCUGUGAAUUUUGUAAACAUGAGUGCAAACGACACAACGAAGCAGCUGUCGAUUGUGGAUAUACGAAAUUAUAUGCUGCAAAACGAUGGCAAGGUGACAAACCAUGCGCUUGUCAAGCACUUUAAGAAAUAUCUAACGCACACCCAAAAUGAGGCCGAGGCACGCAAACGCUUCAAAACAUACGUGACGCUGCUGUCAACAAUCAAAAACGAAAAUAACCAAAAGUAUCUAAUACUGCGCAAAAAGUACAUCAAUGAGUGCCCCUCCGAAGAGGUUGUAGAGCGCGCCGUCGAGGCCGCUGGCAAUGCCUCGACACCGUCCAGCCCAGGAGCUGGCUCGCUGGUCUCUGUUACCGACAGCGGCAUCUCGCCCCUCAGACAGCCGCCACCCUACAAAGCUCCGCCUGAGGUGCAGCAGUCGCCAGUGGCAGCACCACCAGCGCCCAUGCCGGCUGCAAUCGUCAGCAGCGGCGUUGUUGUACACCCGGGUCAAGUGGAAAGCUAUCGGGAUUGCGUUAACGAAUUCACAGCCGCCAUGCAACGCAUUGACCCAGCGCGCCUCCAGUUGCAAUCAUCUGCCAAGCCAGAUGUUGACACGAACAACGAGCUCGACACCGUUGCCGUUGCUGGUGCCAAGUCUGUAUCCCGUGCCAAUUCUGUGGACGAGACCGGCAACAAGGAGAAUAUUCCGCGCUUCUCUUUCUCGUCGGGCGCAUCAACCGAUAGCUCGGCCACAGACAAAGUGUCCGGCACAGAGGCGGGCGACGCGGCUGAGAAUCCCAUCAGCGUUAAGGAAGCGACACGUAAAUUCAACCGGAUGGCAUCCGAAGAAGAGGCUAAAAUAAUAUCACCGCCGCCCAAGAAAAAACCAGAGAAGCAAUUAAUUGAGGAAAAGGAUUCACCCGAUGUUACACUCGCGCAUCCCAAGGCAAAGGAAUGGAUUGUCUCAAUGGCAAAAGCUAAUUACCAGGAGCUCGCUAAGCUGGCUAACGAUUAUCCGGAGCUGGUUAAACUGCAGUGCCCAGCAACGGGUUAUACCGCCUUACACUGGGCUGCCAAGCAUGGCAAUGAGGAUGUGGUCAAGUUAAUUGCUGGCACCUAUAAGGCGGAUGUUAAUGCCAAGACGCAUGGGGGAUAUACACCGCUUCAUUUGGCUACUCAAUUCGGAAGACAAAAUAUAUACGAACUACUAUGGAAUGUUUACAAGGCCAAUCGGGACAUUAUGGAUUGGAGUGGAAAUAAGCCAUUGGACUACAGUCGCCAGCGGCCCAGUGUUUCGGCCUCAACGUGCAGUAAAAUCAAAGCGCGAAAAAAGCAUACAAUCGAAAAAGAUUUGGGAUUCCUGCGGAUUGGUUCACUGAAUGUCCGAGUAAAGAAAACAACCGAAGCGUUCAGCAACUUCUUGGGAGUGGGCAAUGGCAGUGUCCCGAUGCCGUAUGGACCUGGCGGAGCCAUAGAAGUAGGUCGCCAUCACCAGCGAACUCACCGUCACCCUCAUCAGCGUCAUCAUCAUCAUGCCAAUGGUACGACACGGGAUCGACCUCCGAAUCAGAGAGCAUCGGUGACAAUACCAUACGGGUCGAGUAAUAUAGUGGGCUCCAGAUCAAGUGUUCCAACCAACAGGAAUAUAUAUGACGCUGUUCACAAGUCUUGGGGCUCAGCGGACAAUAUAACACAACGUUCCGAGAAUUUGAUGCCACCACCAAAAUCGGUUGAUUACGUCUCAAAGCGCUACAGAACUUCAAAACGAUCCUCUUAUGCCUCCAAUGCCACAGACUCACCGCGGGAUUCCAUCUGUUCAUCCAAUUCCAGCUCAAAUCUUAAUACCGGCUACAGCAGCAUGCCCACAACCCCAAAUCAAAUACGUGCUCCAAAGAGUAUUGGUUCGACACUCAACGUGGAUUCGGACUCCGAUUCCGCAUGUGGCUUCGACUCAAACUGGUCUGUCAAUGACGGAAAUUCAAUCAACAAUAAUGUAUUAAAAUCCUAAUCAUUGCAUAUUCCUUUAUAAAGUAUACCAAUAAUUCUUUGUGAGACACUAUUAGAUAUAAGAACAAUUGUAUUCCAAGCGAUAUUCAGAUUUAAAUUGAUUUGUUUUUGCGCAGACUAUAUAAACAGAAACUCAGUUGGCACAUAUGCGAAAUAAAUCGUGUUCUUAUCGAGAGGCCUUAAAAAAAUACAAAUAUAUUCAUGUGGCCGUUGCAUAUUGAAGCAAAUAUAUUGAUUAAUUUUUUACAGAA